CUUAAACUGUCUACCGUAGACCUCACCCCAUUCCUAAGAGGUCUGUAAGGGGGCAUGCAUAAGUGCAGCAGCGUGCCAACAUCCCUGUUCUAUUGUCCCCAUUUGUCUUUACUCAUUUCUUAUGUAUAUACUUAUACCUGCUUAUAUUUAUAUGUUUACAUGUUAUGUUCAUACUUAUACUUGUUUUCUCAUACAUGCUGGACAAACAAACAAGCAAAAAAAAAGUAAACAAAAAAAUAUCCAUUGCUUUCAAUAGAAUAUGGAGUUACAGCCCAUGGAAGAAUAAUGGGGUACCAAGCGAAAUGAGCUGAGAGAUUUCUAGGCAUCCUGACCUCUCCACUGUCUUUGCAAAUGUCAGGAGGGUAUUUUUAGUUGGUGUUACAGCAACUCACCUGCCCCCUUUUCCCCAGAACUGCCUCUUGCUCUUUCCAUGUCUGAGUCACUGGCUGUUCCUGGACUUCAUUGGCAGGUUUUAUUUAAAGAUGAUUUACUAAGUGAGAAGAAAAGAAGAGGACAGGAGUUUCCCAGCCUCCGAGGACCUAUCUUGCGCUUCAGAUAGUUUGCUCCUUUGAAGUGUUCUCAGACGGGACCAAUCACAUCAUUAGGAGAAAAAGGCAAGAAUAGCAACUUCUAAAACUUUUAUGACUGCUGUGUUUUUACUGCCAUAAGAAGAGGAGAUUGUCUACAGGAUUGUUGCCUUACACGCCAAAAGACUUUAUACUGAAUUUACUUGGAAUAACACCAUGUAUCUAUGCUGGGGAUGAGAAAUAUUUGCUACCCUGUCAUAGGCAGAAAAAUGUACCGGAUUAACCCAGAUAGAGGAGUGGAGCAUCAAUAGGCCACUUACUUUGCACUCCAUUGGAACCACAGAGAAACCUGGUAUUAUGGAGGCUGGAGACACCAAGGAACAAGAGAAAAACCAGCAGAUCAACGGGCUGCAGCAGAAGUCAGAAAUGACUCAAAAUGCACUUGAAGGGGAGAGUGAGGCAGGAAAAGCAGAAACCGGUGAGAAAGAAACUAAAGAGAACAGAAAGUUUGCAGAAGAAACUGGGAAAGAGGUGGAUGAUGCAAAUGAAGCAGAGAAAGCAAAGAUGGCUGCUGAGAAUGAGGUGCAUGGAGAGAAGGAGGCUGGGGAAACUGAGUCUGCUGGACUUGAGGCAAAGCAGAAGGAAGAAUCUACAGAAGAGGCUUCUAAAUCUGAAAAGGGGGCGGCAUCCAAGACAAGCCAGAAGGAGAAGACAAUCAAAGACAGCAGCCAACCUGAAUCUGAAGGUGUAUCCGAGACCAAAGAUGAUGCUUCUGGAAAACCAGAAGACCUACAGAAAGAGGAAGGGGAAAAGGCUGAUGUUUUGAAGAAAAACGCCAAGGAAGAGGGUCAAACUGGCAGCACUUCUGAUGAGCCUCUUUCACCAGAACCUGAGGAGGAAGAGGAGGAAUUCUGGCCAGAAUUCCCUCCUCAUUCUCCUGAAGCAAGUCCACAAAGCCCAACCGAGCUCAAAGGUUUGGAGACGGGUGGCAUUACUCCACCAGCUACUACUCCAGAAGCUGCUCCAACAGAAAUCACCAGCCCUGAAGCUGUCCUGAAGGGAGAGAAAGAGCCCCCUUCUGCUGCACCAGAGGAAGCAGCUGCUGCCAAAGAGAAAAAGAAGAGGCCCGCUUUUAACCAGAGAGAGAUAACAAGGCCGAGGAUGCCACCCAGGGGACAGUCCCGCAAAGCCAUUGUGGAGAAGUUUGGAGGGGCUGCAACUGGUCCUGCCCCCAAUAUCAAGAGGACUGGAGGUACAAACACUGUGAAGACCAUGUUGCUGGAAUGGUGUCGGGCCAUGACCCGUGGCUAUGAACAUGUGGACAUUCAGAACUUUUCUACCAGUUGGAAAAGUGGCAUGGCUUUUUGUGCCCUCAUCCACAAGUUCUUUCCUGAUGCCUUUGACUAUGCAAACCUUGAUCCAGCAAAUCGCAAAGAGAAUUUCACCCUGGCCUUCUCUACUGCUGAGAAAUAUGCAGACUGUGCUCAACUUCUGGAGGUGGAGGAUAUGGUGCGCAUGAGUGUUCCUGAUAAUAAGUGCAUCUACACCUAUGUCCAGGAACUUUAUCGCAGCUUGGUGGAGAAAGGGCUAGUAAAGACCAAGAAGAAAUAGAAAUGCAAACCAGGCUUUGGUUUGGGGUUCAUUGGAAGCUAUAGAAAAACUUGGUGGGGCAGAUGGAAUGCAACAUGGGAUGUACCCAGGCUAAAAGACAUAUAUAUAUUCUGCAAUUUCCUGAAUAUUGAAUUGACCAGUGCUACUUAACCCCGACUAAAGUCUGCUAUGCGCCACCCUUCUGCCACCUAAAAAGAGCAGGAAAGGAACGCUUGCUAAAUGUCACGUCAUCAUGUCAAACAUCUGGUGUUUAUGGAAGCAGAACUGAGCCUGCCCCAAGGACACAUGACUCAGGAGCAGUCUGUCCUUCCAGAUGUUACCAUCAGCAACUCCGAGUCCUCUUUUCAGAUUGCAAAAGCCUUCCUGCAACCCAUGCUGCAAUCACCCUUCCCCUUACCAGGCACCAGUUCCAUUAA